CCGAGUACCCGCUGGAGCCGCACCCCCCUGUGAGCGGCCUGACCCUACCCCGCGGCCCCCAGAGGAUGAGUAGACCAACAGGGUAGUUAUUGCCUGAAAAGUAACUCUUCAAAAAUGGAUGGGUUUUGCCCAGAGCCCAGUGAGGAAAAUAACCAUAAAGAACCGAUUACCCGAAGGCGGCGUUCUUCAAUUUUGAAACCCCCACGGAGUCCUCUUCAAGACAAAAGAAGUGGAAAUGAAAUUGGUCAGGACAUCACUACAAGAAGUCGGAAAAGCUCUCGUCGGGUCAGCUUUGCAGAAACCAUUAAAGUAUUCCAGACAGAAAUUCCUACAGAAGUUAAGGAAGAGCCAAAAAAUACAGGAAAAGCUGUAGGAGAAAAAAUUCCAUUUAAAGAAAUUAAAAGACCAGAAGAUAAUCAAUGUGCUAUCAUUGGAAUGGAAACACUGCUUCGUGCUCCUAUUCAGGCUCAGUUGCAACAGCCAGAGGGCUUGGAUAUGGAGCCUGUUCAUGAAAAAAAGUAUGAAAACGAUCAAACAGUCAUCUUCUCAGAUGAAAAUCAAAUGGACUUGACAGCUAGUCACACUGUGAUGAUUACAAAGGGCCUCUUAAGUUGCCCUGAAAUGGGAAAGCCCUUCAAAAUAGACACCAAAUCCUUUCUGGCCAACUUAAAGUCCCACACUGAAGAUCUAACCAUGAACAAAGAUUUUAAUUUGUCCACUGCUCCUGAGAGUAUAACUGAUAAAUGUUCGUUUCAGUCCAAAACAAGUACCUCUUCAGAAAAUAAACUAAAUUUCAAUGACUUCAUAAAAAGAUUAAAAUUAGAAAAAUCUAUUAGUUCCUGUAUUGAAGGACCUGAUAAGGAAAAUGUCUUUAUACCACACAUUCCUUCCCAAGAGCCAAACAAUGAUGCCUUUUUUCUGCCAAAAAAGCAUGUAUUUCCUAAUGCAGAAGAGAAGAGCCAUGGUCUCGCUAGACUCUUCAGAGAACAAGAUGAUGGAAAAGAUAUCACCCAGUGCUUUACAGACAGUAUUCAGUCCAUGCACCCGAUAGCCAGAGAGCCUCUCUUGAGGCCAGCUGAACGACGUGAUUUUACAGUACAUGGCAAUGACUUUAUGGACUUGACAGUUAAUCACACAGCCCAGAUUUUCCUUCCUACAAAUAACGUAUCUGGGAGAGAGAAUCAUAAUCAGAGUGUCACAAAAGGUGGCUAUACUACUAAAAAUCCAGAGACAAAGAGAAUCUGUAAAAUCCAACAGAAUGUUCCAUCUCAAGACCCUUCAGGAAAUCUUGAGAAUGAAAUAGAUAUUACCAGAAGCCACACUGGGAUGAUAGAAAGUCACCUAGCAUCACAGGCUUCCAACCAAGGCUCUGGGACGUUAACCUGGGCUCCAGAAUCUACAUGUCCUGGCUUAGUAUUUCAAGGUGAUAAAACAAUUUUCUUUUCUAGUAAUGAUGAUGCCAUGGAAAUGACUAAAAGUCUUACACCCAAAAGAGAUGAUAAAUAUGCACAUGUCAGUAAUUUAACUCAAAUGUAUCCAAAUGUAGGGAAUGCCAACUCUAGUUUCAUGGAUAAAACUGUUUAUUCAGAAGAGGUUGAUAUGGACAUUACUAAGAGUAACACAGUUGCCAUACAUGAUCAGAUUAUUGAAUUAUGUCCAACUAAUGUACAGGUCCUUUCUCUACCAAAUCUUGAAAAUGACCUAUUUCAGGAUCAAGAGACUGUUUCAGAGGAUAUGAAACAGAACAAAAGCUGCAAUACAAUUUCUUAUAUAACUAGAGGAAGAAUACAGCAGGUUCUGGCAAAUCCUUUAGGUGUUUCAUUGUCUGGUAACAACUCUGUUGUCUUCUCAGGUGAAGAUAUGGAUUUGACCAAGUGUUGUACAGUCAAGAUUGAUAGCAGCAACUUAGGAACUCAGUUACCUCUGACCUCAGCUAAUGUGCUGGCCCCUGUGAAAACGAAAAAACCUCUCUCUCCCGGAAGUAGACCUAUAUCUCAGAUUGUUCAACAGAUUCCAUUUCCACCAAAAGAGGCAUUUAAUUCCUUCUUGCAAGACAAAGGUGAUCUACAGUCUGAAAAACCAUUUGGUAACUGCCAGAAUUCAUUAUCCCAACCUGAGAAUCACACAGUGGCUAAUACAGAUGUGAGCCCAGAGUAUGCUCAUCAAUCACUGAUAGCCAUGAAAUUAGUUUCGACCAAUUCACUCUUGCCUUAUCCUUCAGAAAAGACUAUUAUUUUUGCCCCUGAGCAAGAUAAUAUGGACUUGACUGAAAACCAUGAAGUAAUUAUUCAAACUGGCAACUCAAAGAUAACAGCAGAAGAACAGCAGAAGCAGAAAUACAAUGAGGCUUCUUUGAGACAUGGGAAAUCACCAGGCUUAACCCUCUCAUCUUUGAAUAACAAAAGGAUGACUGAAAAUAUGGGGGAUAGUUUGGAGAUCAAUAAAAUCCAUACAAUUGCAGGAGAGAAAGCAGAUUUAGAAGAAGGAACAAGCAGCACCCCAGAUAAAACAGUGGUGUUUUCAGAUAAUCAGGAUGAUCUAGAAAUGACUAAGUCCCACACUGUUGUCAUUGAUUACCAGACUAUGGAGAAGAUGCAAGAUAGGUCUCAUCUUAAGGACUCUAGAAGGAAAAGCCUAGGUCAACCAAAGAUGAUGUUUGCUCCUAAUGAUCAGACUGUGGUCUUUUCAGAGGAAGGUGGGAAUGAUUUGGAUCUCACUAAGAGCCACACAACAGUAAUAAACAGCCAGAUGGUGCCACAAGGAGAUGGCCACAGGAGUAUUCCUGUGGAUAGGACUAUCAUGUUUACAUCUAAGGAUGACAUGGAAUUAACUAAGUCAACUCCUUGCAUGAUUGAUAAAACUGUAGAGGGACCCAACUUGGAGAGUGCAGAGCUGUUAGACAAACCUGGGGGAAGGAAAAGCAAGAAUGAACUCUACAGUAACAAAACUGUUGUGUUUCCAGCAGGUAAUGAGAAUAAUAUGGAAGUUACCAGUGCUCUUACAAAGGAAAUAAACCACAAAGGUGCCCUAGAAGGUGAACAGGACAGUUGUCUGAUACCUUUAGCUACAGCUUCCAAAACUGUUUUGUACAGAGGUGAACAGGAUGACAUGGAGAUCACUGACAUCACCAAAAGCCACUUUUUUGCAAAAGACUGUGAAGCUGAUUUACAAGAUGUAGGAACCAGUAGGAAAAUAGAUAAAACAAUGGUAUUUGCAGAUAAUCAGGAUGAGCUAGAAAUUACCAAGUCUCAUACUGUUGUCAUUGAUUACCAAACUAUGAAGAAGACACAAGAUAGGUCUAAUCUGAAGAGCUCUGGAAGGAAAAGCUUAGGUGGACCAAAGAUGACAUUUACUCCCAAUGAUCAGACUGUGUUCUUUUCAGAGGAAGAUGGGAAUGAUUUGGAUCUCACUAAGAGCCACACAACAGUAAUAAGCAGUCAGAUGGUGCCACAAGGAGAUGGCCACAGGAGUAUUCCUAUGGAUAAGACUGUAAUGUUUACAUCCCAUGAUGACAUGGAAUUAACUAAGUCAACCCCUUGUAUGAUUGAUAAAACUGUAGAGGGAUCCAACUUGGAGAGUGCACAGCUGUUAGACAAACCUGGGGGAAGUAAAAGCAAGAAUGAACUCUACAGUAACAAAACUGUUGUAUUUCCAGCAGGUAAUGAGAAUAACAUGGAAGUUGCCAGUGCUCUUACAAAGGAAAUAAACCACAAAGGUGCCCUAGAAGGUGAACAGGACAGUUGUCUGAUACCUUUAGCUACAUCUUCCAAAACUGUUUUGUACAGAGGUGAACAGGAUGACAUGGAGAUCACUGACAUCACCAAAAGCCACAUUUUUGGAACAGACUAUGAAGCUGAUUUACAAGAUGUAGGAACCAGUAGGAAAAUAGAUAAAACAAUGUUAUUUGCAGAUAAUCAGGAUGAGCUAGAAAUUACCAAGUCUCAUACUGUUGUCAUUGAUUACCAAACUAUGAAGAAGACACAAGAUAGGUCUAAUCUGAAGAGCUCUGGAAGGAAAAGCUUAGGUGGACCAAAGAUGACAUUUACUCCCAGUGAUCAGACUGUGUUCUUUUCAGAGGAAGAUGGGAAUGAUUUGGAUCUCACUAAGAGCCACACAACAGAAAUAAGCCACAAAGGUAUACUAGAAGGCAAACAGGACAGUUGUUUGGUACCUUUAGCUGCAGCUUCCAAAACUUUUUUGUGUAGAGGCAAACAGGAUGACAUGGAGAUCACUAACUUCACUGAAAGCCACAUGUUUGCAAUGGACUGUGAUGUUAAUUUACAAGAUUUAGUAACCUGUCAACUUAUGGAUAAAACAGUGAUGUUUGCAGAUAAUCAAGAUGAACUAGAAAUUACUAAGUCCCACACUGUUGUCAUUGAUUACCAGACUUUGGAGAAGACACAAGAUAGGUCUCAUCUUAAGGACUCUAGAAAAAAUAGCCAAGGCCAGCCUAAGAUGAUGUUUGCACCUAAUGAUCAGACUGUGUUCUUUUCAGAGGAAGAUGGGAAUGAUCUGGAUCUCACUAAGAGCCACACAACAGUAAUAAACAGCCAAAUAGUGCCACAAGGAGAUGAACAUAAUAAUAUUCCUAAAAACAAAACUGUAAUGGUUACAUCCAGUGAUGAUAUGGAAUUGACUAAAUUGACCACUCGCAUAACUGACAAAACCACAGAGGAUCCUGGAUUGGAUACUGUACAGCUGUUUGAAAAACCUGAAGAGAAGAAAAGUAUAAAUAAACUCAACAGUGACAAAACUGUUGUUUUUUCAGCGAGUGAUGAAAAUGAGAUGGAAAUUAACAAUACUUGUUCAAUAGAAAUAAACCACAAAGGUCUCCUAGAAGGUGGACAAGACAGUUGUUUGGUACCUUUAGCUACAGUUUCCAAAACUGUUUUGUACAGAGGUGAACAGGAUGACAUGGAGAUCACUGACAUCACCAAAAGCCACAUUUUUGCAACAGACCAUGAAGCUGAUUUACAAGAUGUAGGAACCAAUAGGAGAAUGGAUAAAACAAUGGUGUUUUCAGAUAAUCAGGAUGAUCUAGAAAUUACUAAGUCCCACACUGUUGUCAUUGAUUACCAGACUAUGGAGAAGAUGCAAGAUAGGUCUCAUCUUAAGGACUCUAGAAGGAAAAGCCUAGGUCAACCAAAGAUGAUGUUUGCUCCUAAUGAUCAGACUGUGAUCUUUUCAGAGGAAGGUGGGAAUGAUUUGGAUCUCACUAAGAGCCACACAACAGUAAUAAACAGCCAGAUGGUGCCACAAGGAGAUGGCCACAGGAGUAUUCCUGUGGAUAGGACUAUCAUGUUUACAUCUAAUGAUGACAUGGAAUUAACUAAGUCAACCCCUUGUAUGAUUGAUAAAACUGUAGAGGGAUCCAACUUGGAGAGUGCAGAGCUGUUAGAUAAACCUGGGGGAAGUAAAAGCAAGAAUGAACUCUACAGUAACAAAACUGUUGUGUUUCCAGCAGGUAAUGAGAAUAAUAUGGAAGUUACCAGUGCUCUUACAAAGGAAAUAAACCACAAAGGUGCCCUAGAAGGUGAACAGGACAGUUGUCUGAUACCUUUAGCUACAGUUUCCAAAACUGUUUUGUAUAGAGGUGAACAGGAUGACAUGGAGAUCACUGACAUCACCAAAAGCCACAUUUUUGCAAAAGACUGUGAAGCUGAUUUACAAGAUGUAGGAACCAGUAGGAAAAUAGAUAAAACAAUGGUAUUUGCAGAUAAUCAGGAUGAGCUAGAAAUUACCAAGUCCCAUACUGUUGUCAUUGAUUACCAAACUAUGAAGAAGACACAAGAUAGGUCUAAUCUGAAGAGCUCUGGAAGGAAAAGCUUAGGUGGACCAAAGAUGACAUUUACUCCCAAUGAUCAGACUGUGUUCUUUUCAGAGGAAGAUGGGAAUGAUUUGGAUCUCACUAAGAGCCACACAACAGUAAUAAACAGCCAGAUGGUGCCACAAGGAAAUGGCCACAGGAGUAUUCCUGUGGAUAGGACUAUCAUGUUUACAUCUAAUGAUGACAUGGAAUUAACUAAGUCAACCCCUUGUAUGAUUGAUAAAACUGUAGAGGGACCCAACUUGGAGAGUGCAGAGCUGUUAGACAAACCUGGAGGAAGUAAAAGCAAGAAUGAACUCUACAGUAACAAAACUGUUGUGUUUCCUGCAGGUAAUGAGAAUAAUAUGGAAGUUACCAGUGCUCUUACAAAGGAAAUAAACCACAAAGGUGCCCUAGAAGGUGAACAGGACAGUUGUCUGAUACCUUUAGCUACAGCUUCCAAAACUGUUUUGUAUAGAGGUGAACAGGAUGACAUGGAGAUUACUGACAUCACCAAAAGUCACAUUUUUGGAACAGACUGUGAAGCUGAUUUACAAGAUGUAGGAACCAGUAGGAAAAUAGAUAAAACAAUGUUAUUUGCAGAUAAUCAGGAUGAGCUAGAAAUUACCAAGUCUCAUACUGUUGUCAUUGAUCACCAAACUAUGAAGAACACCCAAAACAUGUUUCCAGAUAAGGCAGAACUUGAUAGCUUUAAAAGAAAUUACCCAGUUGGAGCACCAGUAACAUAUGUUCCUAAUAAUGAGACUAUUUUCCUUUCAGGUGAAGGUGUUAAUGAUAAAAAGGUCACUAAAAAACAAACAGAUGCAAUAGAAAAUAGAAGUUUUCUUCAGGAUGUACAGCAGCAGUCUGCAGUAUCUUUCUUCCCUGCAGAUAAAACUGUUAUGUUUACAGGUGAUCAGGAUGCAAUGGAAAUGGACAGAUCUCAAAGCACUAUUAUUAAUGAAAAACCUGUGGAAAAAGUUAUUGAUCAGGAUUAUAUAUUGGAAACAGCCAAAAACAAAGCAUCUCCUUUUGAUAGUGCAAUUUUAUUGGGAAAAAUGACAAAACCUAAAUCUAAAACAAUUCCAUUUAAGUUUCCAAAGCAUCAAGUGAAAGCUUUCACCAAUGAUGGAGAGCAAAGACAAAGAAGUGAGCUCUUCAGGGAUGCUGUAUUUGCUGACUCUCAACCUCAGGAAAUUACCCACUUAAUUCCUAUACCAGAAAAGGAGCAAUGUAUUAUAAAUAAAGAUAAACUAAUGCAACCUAAGGCAGAAAAUGGAAAUUUGGAAGGUGCUACAGGAAACGUUCACACGCUUAACCAUGAAAACAAGAUCAAAAUGUUGCAUGAUGAUAGAGAACUUACUACAGCCUCAGAAAAGGAACUAAAACAAAAUGUACAAAUAUCUGAAUGGGAAACAACUAUGGAAAUCCAUGUUAACUCAGGCUCAAUUACACAAGUACAGCCGCUCCAGGCCAUGCUUUCCCAACUGUCAAAUCCUGUGAUUUCAUCUAAAGCUAUUAGUACUGCUAAUACCAAACCAAAUCUGAAUAAUAAAAUCAAGAGAUCUGAAAUUUUUUCACAAUCUCAGACUGGUCAUAUAGCUAACUUUACAGAACAGUUAUCCAAAUUGAGAAAACAAGCAGAAGACAGUAUAGAUAGAUCUCAAACCACUGAAAAACAAGAUACAAAAAUAGAAACCAAUGAUGCCAACAACAUCAAAGAUGAGGGAAAAUCCUAUUCUUCUAAUGGAGAUGCAUCUCAUUCUGUUUUAAAAGAUAAAAUUAAGGCAAGAAGGUACUCUCUAGGAAUCUUCUUACCCAAACUGCCAAACAAAAGAAAUCGCAGUGUCACUGGUAUGAAUGCCUUAGAGCAUGAUCCAGUAGAAUCAACUGACUUAAACAUUUUAGAAACUCAACCAGUUAACAAGAAAAAUUCCAAUUUGAUGUCUGCUUUAACAGAGCCACACUUGAGCCCCUCUCAGUAUAUAAAUGAGGAGCCCCUUCCUCUAGAUCCAGAAGAGAACAAUUCCUCUGAAUCCAUCAGCAUUGAAACCGAGGGAAAGACUUUGCCUGAGUCUUGCCAAAAAGAGAUCCAACUACCUGAAAGUACAGGGAAGGAAACCUUCACUAGUCAGAAAAGACUCCUGGUACAAGGAGAAGAUGACAGUGUUCCCAGUGAGAAGAAAAUCCGAAAGGAUGAAACCAAUCUUAGUAAUUCAGCCCAGGCUCUCCAGGCACUUGAUCACCAUAUAGAAGAGAAUGUGGAUAAAAAUCCUUGUGGUUCAUUGAUGAAAAGUCUUAACAGGACCCCAUCUAGUUGUUCCAGCUCCUCGGAUUCCAUCAAGGCUGAUGGGACAUCCAUGAAUUACAGCAUACAGCAGAGCAGUCAGAUGGAAUCACAAUUUCUCAUGGACAACAUUUGUGAAGAGAGCUUGAAAGAGAAACUCCAUGAUGGCAGGAUCACAGUAAGAGAGUUCUUUACACUUUUGCAGGUCCACAUUUUAAUUCAGAAACCCCGACAGAGUAACCUUCCAGCCAAUUUUGCUACAAAUAUUCCAUCUACACAGAGAGAAUUAAUGUUAAGCCAAUAUGUUUACCGGCCCAAAAUACAGAUUUAUAAAGAAGAUUGCCAGGCUCUCCGUGAAAAGACUGAAGAAUUAAAGCUCCGUGCCUUAAAACAGGAUAAACUGCUGGUGGAUGUGAAUAGGAGCCUGUGGGAAGUAAUGAAGGGCUGCUCUGAUGAAGAGCUGAAGACAUUUGGAGUACAUCUGAACAAAAUGAAAUCACGUUUUGCCAAGAAGACCAAAGUUUUUGCUCACCAAGGGAAAGUGGUUCUAUAUAGCAAAUUGGUACAAUCGGCAAAGGCUGAAAGGGAAAAGCUUCAAACAAGGAUGGACAAGAUGGAGUCUGUACUCAAGGAGGUGGACACCUGUCUUGCUGCUCUGGACCUAGAAAUUAAGAAUCUGGACAAAAAUGAAGAAGAUAUUCCUAUGGCAGAGUGGGAUUCUGAAAUGUUAGCUACAGAAAAAGAAUUAGAACAAUUACAAGCUAAAGAAGAGGAACUAAAGAGGAAUAUAUCAGAACUGGAGAUACAGAGGCAACAGGCACUUGCACAAAUAAACAGCCUACAAAGAGAAGCAGAUAGAACUAAGGAAUGCCUGGAAAAAUUCAAUGGCUCAGAGUGGGAGAUCAUUGAAUGGAGUGAUAGCCAGGCUGUAUUCACUUUCCUUUAUGACUCAAUAGAGCUCACCAUCACCUUUGGAGAGCCUGUGGAUGGUCUUCCUUUCCUGAGCAAGACUUGCAGAAAGAUUAUUGAUAUAAACUUUGAAACUCUGCUGCAUGAAAAUAAAGCUCCCCCAUCAUCACAGUUAGUGCAUAGACUCAUUUUUCAGUUCAUUGAGAAUCAAGGAUCAUGGAAGAAUAAAUGCAUAACCCAGCAUCAUGUGCCUAAGAUGCUACAAGAGAUUUCAUUGGUAGUAAGCCGUUGCAGACUCCUAGGAGAAGAAAUUGAAUUUCUAAAUAGAUGGGGACCAAACUAUAACCUCAUGAACAUAGAUGUGAAUAAUACCGAAGUGAAGCUCUUAUUCUCCAGCUCUGCUGCUUUUGCAAAGUUUGAAUUGACACUGACUCUUUCAUCCUAUUAUCCAUCUGUCCCAUUAUCUUUCACCAUUCAGAACCUCAUUGGGAACAUUGCUCAAGAUAAAAUUGCUGCCGUUUUGUCUAAUGUGCCGCUGGAUAACGACCACCUGAAGACAGCAGUCAGACGCAUUUCCCAAGAUCUCCUCCAAGGCCCUCGUCUUCAUCACUAGAACUUCCACCAAAACAACUAUAAUGAUCAAAUUUUUCCCCACCACUUGCUGUUCAGCACUGACUCUCUGAUGUGUUGGAAACAAACUUGACAGAGCUCUUACUAGUCGUAUUAUUUUUUAUAUUUAAAUUACUGUAUUCAGGGAUCUAUGUUUGCCUUUCUUAGAUUCACUGCCAAGAUGAUGGUAUACUGUGCUUUAUAGUAAGGCACUUGGAUACCUAGGGGAAAAAUGUCUUUAAAUUGUAGUGGAAUUCUGAGCUCUGUGAUGAACUCAGAGAACAACCUAUUGCACAUGAGGAGGAAAAUCAUCGCAGAGAAUGACAUCUUCUGCCUUCUCCAGAUAGUCCGGCUUCUGCUUGACAGCUUGUUUAUUGCAUGGAAAAAGUGCAUUUCCCCACACAGAGACAAUGCUAACUAAAAACUACCCAGCUCAUUUCUCUCCAUUUCAGGAAUACUACCUCCAAAAGGGAGAACAGUGAACCCACAAUUUUUUAAAUGGGUCAAUCUUUUCCAGAGGGAGAGAUAGCUUCCUCUAAUUGUUAUUGUAUAGUAUCUGCUGGUGGUAUCAACUGUCUUGACUAUUUAAAGUGUAUUCUAGUGAAAGUUUCUUUUCACCUAGGACUGUGUAAAUACUAUUUGUGGUACUAAAGUGAUAUAGACAUAGGUUGGUGUCCUCUGUUUAUUUAGUCCAGGCUGUUGGUCUUUCCCCAUUUUGCCAGAGAUUGCUUUAUGACAAAAUUACCAUUUUUUUGUUAAAUCACCUUUGUUCUUCAUUUGACUAUAUAUCACAUGAAUAACCUCUAUUCGUUUCUGGGACAGGUGAUAAUAACCAGAGUCCCAACUCCAUGCCAAAAAUCUGAUCUUCCCUUAUAAAAUGGAUGGUAUUGGAUUGUGAGUUGGACAAAUUUAGGCUCAAAACUGAAUAACUCCUUUCCUAUCCAUGCUCUUAGUGAAAUACUAAUUGUGUCCUUGUAGAUGAUUUCUUUUCAUUAAGAAGAAAGUAAUUAACAUGACAUUUUGUUUUAACUAUCAUCCCUUAGAAUUGAGUUUUCAUUUUUAAGUCCAGGUUAAAGUCUUGUAUAUUGAUUGCACACGUUAUCUCCCUUUGAUUACUUUUUAGUCAUAAAACAAAGGUUAAAAGGUCAAGUGGUUUCCUCUCUGCAGAAAUCAGAAUCCAUUUUUUAAAAUUUUACACAGACACAAAGUUCAUUUGCCAUAAGUUUCACCAUUCAAGUUUACUUUCUCUCUCUGUUUCCUUAGAAAACUGCUCCAACAUCAUCCAUAGUAUCAUCUUGCUGUAUGCUAUCACCACCUGUUCCAUAAGUCUCAAAUAUUUUUCUUGGGGGAGGACGACUUAAUUCCUAUAGCCCUACAUAGUAGGGAUGUGUCUUUUGUAUGAUAGUAAUUGCUUAUGAACAGCUUCAAUGGAAGAAUCAAUUGUACCAUAGUAAUAGCCUCAGCUUUCCUAAACUCAUUUUUUUGUUUGUUUCAGUAUAUUUAUAAAAACUGCCCAACUUUCCUGCACUUGUAUUUGUUGAAAGCUUUGGCUGCUUGUUUUUAUAUGAUGAUUUGGUCUGUUUUCCUUCAAU